AAAAGCUGAAGAAAAUUCAACAAUGGCGUGAAAAAUCUCUCCAUCUCGAAAUUCGAAACCCAUUUCUUCUUUCACUCUCGGGUUCAAUUUUUUUCCGACUCUGUUUGAUUAAGUUCUUCAGUUUUGGUGGAUUGCUGGGGAAAGACUGAAUAUGGACACUUUCAUUUCACUGCCUAAUUCAAAAAUCAAGAAGCUUUUGAAAGAUCAGCAUGCAAGUGGGGGCGUUGAUAUAAUCAGCAAAUUAUCUGAUAAUAUCCUCCUUUACAUUCUUUCCUUCCUUCCAAUCAGUGAUGUUUUAAGAACUUCUGCUUUGUCAAAGAGAUGGAAAUACCUUUGGGCUUCUAUUUUCGAUAUUGAUGUUGAUGAAACUAGUUAUACAUUGGUAUCAGGCACGGAGACUAGCUUCUUGGAAUCUGUGGAAAGAUUACUUAUCCGUCGUGAUUCUUCACAUAUAAGAAAAUUCCAUCUUAUCGAAUUUGACCCAGAAUCUGAGUGGUCCAGUAUUUUACCUCAAUGUAUCAAGUUUUGCCUUAAAACUAUUAGGAUCUUACAUCUUAAGGGGAGUGACGCAGAAUUAAUUUGGCUAAAAUAUUUUCUUGGGAACACCAACGUGUUGGAGAGGGUUACAAUACUCUGUUCAGAGAGCUUGCAGGCAGAUUCGGAGAAGCAGAAGAAGAUCAACAAUGAGGUACAAGCUAUUCGUAAAGGACUAGUGAGUUGUGUAGUGGAGUUUCUGUAAAUAAAGAUCUUGAAAGCUGGACUUCUUUUGAUGAUCUGCUUGCAUUAACUACAUUUCAUGUUCUGAAGUUAUUGACUUCAAAAAUUUCAAGU